GCCUAUUCCAAUCGAUGAAUCCGAAAAUAAGAAAGCAAAUAUCUAUCCGGAAUUGCAGGACGUCUAGAUCCAUACUCCAUUUGCUACGAAUUAGUGAUCAUUUCCACCUACUAUAGCGAUUUGAAGCGCUAUUUUUGUGCGAAUUCCUACCUCAAGAAUAUACAUCUACUCAAUCCUUCUUGUACGAGCUGUUCAUCAUGUCUCCUAACGGCGACGCUUUCUUGCUUGACCCAAACACACCUCCUGGGCCAUCUCGAUACGCCCAUGCUCGCAUCGCGCCUGCAUCAGCUCACCGUACCAUCUACGUCUCCGGAAUAGCGGCCGUGACUCCUGAUGGAAAGCUCGAAGGCGCGACGCAGAACGCAGACGGUACCUGGAACUUGGACAUCAAGGAGCAGACAGCCGCCGUCCUACGAAGGAUUGAUGCCAUUAUUAGCGGCGCCAGUAAUGGCAAAGGUGGCAUCCAUAACGUCAUCGAUUCAGUCGUCUAUCUAACAGACAUGAAGUCUCACUAUGCUGGAAUGAACGAGGAAUGGAAUAAGGUCUUCACUGACCGUGUGGGUGCGCCGGCGCGAGCUACUGUCGGAGUUCAGGAAUUGCCAGAUCCGCGCUUUAUCGUGGAGGUCAAAGUCGUAGCGGUAGUCGACUUCGAGUAAUGUUGAGGCUACGCUAUAUAUGCUAAGGUACCAGGGGUCACCCCUAUCUUGUCCUUACGUAAGCCCGAUAUCAGCCACAAGUCCGAAAGCCCGAGCCAAAUUUGCAUUUCUUUCCCGAUUAGGAAGUUUCUGUCCCGGUCGGUUAAAAUUCGCUGUCUCGCUUGUGCUACCCCGGACCCGGUUAUCAGAU